AUGCAUCCCAUUCAGAAUCAUCCCCAUCCCAGUGAGCUCACCGCUGGAUCGUCGCUUCGAUUAGUCUCUCUUAAAGUGCGAACAGCCGCGCAUCGCGAAUCUCUGUCCCAGAUCCCGGAAAUCUCGAUUCGAAACUCGGACAUUAUGCUUUCGAAAUCGAUGAGUUCGGCGCUGAUCGGCUGCCUGAUCAUCAAUGCAAUCUGUGUCAAUGCUCAAACAAAUAUCGUGCAGCCUUCCUGUCCGACGGGUUAUCAGUAUGUUGACGGCAAGUGCCUCAGCUCCGCCUCCUGUCCUGAGGGCUAUUACCUACACAUUGAUGGAAAAUGUUACUUACAGACCAACUUUUUAUGUAAACCUGGCUACUUUCUUAACACUGAUGGAAAGUGCUAUCGAACGAACCCUGAACCGUGUCCUUUUGAGACCACAACUACUACGACAACAGAGCCCACUACAACCACCACAACAACAACAGAACUCACUACAACAACUACUACAACAACAACAGAACCCACUACAACAACCACAACAACAACUGAACCCACUACAACAACCACUACAACUGAACCCACUACAACAACCACUACAACUGAACCCACCACUACAACUACUACAACAACAGAACCCACCACUACAACAACUACUGAACCACCUCAAGAUGAUCUUCCCAUCCCUGAUGAACUGACUCGCUGUCCGCCGGGAUCGGUUUUCAUCGCCUCGCAAUGCCGGAAAAUCGUCUGUUCGGAGGGUGAAUUUCACGCCGGACGCUGUAUUUCUCCGGCCUGUCCGCAGGGAACGGUUUGGUACGGUAAAAGCUGCCAAGAACCAGGAUAUAUAACCACCAUUCUGGAGAUAAGCAAUUUGAUCCACAAUGAGCACAAGUACACGGUGACAAGCGAAAAUAUAAAUCGGGUGGAGUACAUUACAGCCGCCCCCUACGAUCCAGAUAAGGACAAGAGCUACGACCCAAGUACACCCGAAAAUGUCCCAGAUAAUAUUGUAGAAAUAACAACAACCACAACUAGGCGUCCCUGGAUAUAUACCAGGCCAACCACCAAGCAGCCGGUGGUGGAUGAACUCUUUCCGGGUCGAGAUCCCAAGCCGGGCUGCUGUUUCGUGAAGAGUGCACGCAUCUGCAUCAACUACGCCCCCAACUGGGUCUGUUCCUCCAAGGAAAAGAAGUUCUGCGAUCCCAGGGUAUGUACGGCUCCGGUGGUUUAUUUGAAGCCGCCACAGAUAGUCCAUGGCGAAAACCCGAAGCGGGUGGUAAUGCCGCCCAAUCCACCGCUCCUGGCCUGCAGUACGCCGGAGUGCAAGGAAAGCGAGGUUUUGGAUUGUUCCGGCUGCAAGGAUAAUCAGCGGGAAAAGUGCUCACCGGGCUGCUACAGUUAUUACUGUCCCAAUGGAUCCUGCGCCUUUAUGAAUACUGAGGACUUUUGCGGAAUCUAUCCGGGCGAGUUCGGGUGCAACGCGAAAGAUGGAUGUAUCUGGGACUGGUGCAGUAAGAAGUGCUACUAGCUCCUUCAUUUGUUAUAUUUUUUAAAACAUAAAUAAA